AUGCCCGCUGCAUUCGCCCGUGCCAAGUCAUGCGGCUUAUUCUUCCGCGUUCUCACUGCUCUGUUUGCGGUCCUGGUCCGCCGGCGUCCCUUGCCCAUGCUCCAAUCUACGGCGACAGGAAGAUUUUGGAAUCAUCCGGCACCAAACGUUCUGAGCCUACCGGACACAAUUAUCAGCGAACUUCUUGCACGGAGCGCGUUUGGCGAGGACGGGGGACGCAUUGUCGCUGGGUCGACGUCGAUGUCGAGGGUACUAGGUCUGUGCACUCCGAAACCGCUCAUCAUCUUCCUCGGGUCCGUCCUGCUACCUCCUCUAUCUCCUUCAAACUCAGGCUUGGAACUGACUUCGAUCCAUCUCAUAAUCACCCGCAUUUGUAUUGAGAGCUUGAAAUUUACGAUACACUAUACACCGCCCCCUUUCCUCCGGCACUUUCUCUGCAGACUAGCCACGGUUCUGCAUCUCUGGAAGGGUAAGGGAGAACCGAGUGCAUGUGUCCAGUGCUGCAUCGAUGCUCACCGUGAUAAUGAUGGAGAAGUAUUCUUGAAUGGCCAGUGUUACGUGAACCAAGGUGCACACGGCGAGACCAAGGACAAGCAAGGCGCAGAUGACUUCAAGGACCCAUGCAAGAUACCACCGCGCAACACUUACACAUGUAUCUUCAAAGUUCAGACGGAUCGCUAA